AUGGUAAGACUUCCUCCCUCCUCUUCCACCGGCUGCAGUCACCGUCCAGGGACCAUCAGCACCAGUCUCCUACCAGCCCACAGAAAGAGGACCCUCUGUUUUACCAUCGGGAGAAUAAGUCCUUCUUGCCCCAAACUCCCUUCAGCUGCCAGAGUGAGCUUCCUCCAUCCAGGAGCAGGAUCGGACACUAAUGUCAGGAAUCCAGAGAUCAAACCUAAACCGAGCCCCAAGCCUCUUGUUCUUCCACCGGUUCCUGCGAUUCCAGUGGUAAGCCCCAGCAAGCCGUGGCAGCCGCACACCAGCUGGGUGCACAGCGCCAAACAGAAAGAGGAAGCUGGGGCUCAGAGCAGAGCGAAAGAGAGCACAUCCUUUCUGUCUGCUGUCAUCGAGCGGACCUCAAAGCUGUAUGGAUACACACCUGCACUGCAUCCCAGCUCCUCCAGGGAGACACCUGCCAUGGAGUCUGCUGAUAUGACAUCACAUCUAGAUAAGGACGGCGGUGAGACUUCAACACUGACGGCAGAAGCACAGUCUAUUGCAACACAGACUGCCAUGGUGCCGUCGGCCAGACUAAGACCUGCAGUUCCUGUGAAGGGAGAAGCAUUUGAUCGGGUCAGCAGCUCCUCUGCACAUGCACAGAGUGUAGCCAAAGCCAAGUACGAGUUUCUCUUCGGAAAGACAGAAGACACAAGCUCAGCAGAUACUGUCGCCUCUCCAACCCAAGAGAAACAGGAAAGCGGCUCAGGUCUUGAGUCAGCUCUUGAUGACGAUGACAUUGACGAGACGUCCCUCUUCCAGGAAAUCGACAGGGAGCUGUCAAACCUAUUGAGCGGCCUGACCGCUCGGAGUCAGCAUGCUGCGGCCGAAGAGGACUCGACAUCAGGAGAUGCUGCCACCUCACCCAUGAUCCCCUGCAACGGGCAAAACGAAACCCCGCUGUCAAAACUGGAUAUGGCCAAGCAGGGCCUGGACCUUCAGAACGGCCGGUCCGAGUUAGCAGGAGACUCUCUCCUCACAUCUGGUCUGCUGUUUGACUCGUGGUGCGAAGCACUCAUAAAGGACCCCAGCUCAGUUAUGGCGGCCGCAAACGAGCUGAGCUGCUUCAGCUCUGGGCCCAGUCAAGACCCCAGGAAUGCACCGGCCUGCCAAAAUAAAUCUGACGCCAGCUCAACUCGAGCUGCAGCACAGUCUGUAGAGGUGCCCUCCCAAGAAAAUGCUGGAAAGGAGAUGGAGGGCAAGAGGGCCGGGUCACCCUCGCCCAGCAGGACAGACGACGACCCUUCGGCAGAACUGGUGGACGAGUCUCUAGAGGAAUCCAAUAAAAUUCUGGCCGAGAUCCCGGGCAUCUUCAGCGGUUUUCUGGAAGGGGGCAAACUGCGGGACAAGCCACCGAAGAAGCUGCGGUUUGUGGAGAGCAGGGCGGAGAGCCUUGUGAAUGGAGAGAUGCAGAACGGAACCUACCAGAGCUGCAGCGUGAAAGAGGAAGUGACUCUGGACGCGCAGCAUACAGAAGCCACAGGAGUGCCACAGGGGCGUGUGCUGAGACCCGAUCACAAACCAGCAGAGAACGGCUCAGACAGGAGUUCUGCUGCAGGUGAGAGGGACACCACAGAUGUCUUCAGCUGCCAGUUUGAGAACAUCCUGGAGUCGGAGCGUCUGCGGGGGACUCUCUACAGUAGCAUGGACAACCUUUCCAACCCUGUGCCUGAACCCAGCUCUCAAAGCGCCCCAGGAGCCUCGUUUUCCUUCGACAUUCCCCUCACUCCCAUGAUUCAGCAGCGACUCAAAGACAGAAGUCUGUUCCUGAGCUUGGACGCUGAGGUGCUGAGCGUCACCACCACAAAGGAGAGCGGAAGGGCGGCUCUAGAGGUGACCUCAUCGUUUCUCUCAGUGGGCCGUGAGGACGCGGGAGCAGCUCCAGCAGACAGUUUAAACGACAAGGACCCCACAGACUGGCUGCAGGGCUGUUUAAGGUAAGACCAUACAGUUCAACGUAUAAAAAUGCUGAAAGAAUGGCUGACAACUCUUUGACUUUGUCAUGGUUGUAAGUAUUGCAUGCAGUGUUGCAAUCAUUCUCAGCACGGAGCAUUGUUUUGUUAUUGUUGUUGUACUGGAGAAAACGUGGAGGCUUGAGUAGAAUAUGUGGCGCCCUCUGCUGAAAAGUCUUUCCAUUGCACUUACAAGUUCAGACCAGGGUUAUAAUUGUUAAAGGUGCUGUAUGUAGGUUUGACACCGAGUGGUUGAACUAGGUAUUGCAGUCCAAAUUAAAAAUAUUGGCGAGGGUAAUUUUCACCCGGCCCCUCCUCUUGAGACGCAGGUUGCCAGAUUGACGACGCAAAUGGGAACGAGCACACUUGACGAUGAAUGAAGUUAAAUACACUGUGUUUUCCGCCAGCUGGCAACCCGGGAUGUUGAAAUACAGUUGGGUAAACUGGCAGUGGGUGGGUUUCACAAACCAAAACAACUAUAGACAUUCCGACCUGGAACGCACA